UCUACCUGUUCCUCUCACUAAUUCCUCGCCCACAGCAUCCAAAGCUGUCCCCACGGACCAUUAUAAACUCCAUCCCCUAGUUCUUCCGCUCCUGAGUUCCCAUCACAUGAAGCUCCACCUCAGAUUCAUGCUAAGCCCCUCCCCCUGGUCCAUAUGCUCCGGAGUUCCACUUCACUUGAGUUGAAGCACCAUCCCCGGAAAAUACUAAGCUCCGCCCCCUGGUCCUCCCGCUGAUGAGCACCCCAUCAGCCAUCACCCGGUCCCGAAGCUUCGCCCACUGGACAGCGGGCAGCAUUGUCUCCCUCUCCCUGCUUCAUCUGAAGGCCUACUGCUUCUGCUGCCAGUCCUGUACUUUUUUUUUUUUUUAAAUGCCGCCAAACAGUGGUGUGGGGUGUUCUGCAGCUGGUGAUUGGCAUCUUCAGCUGCUAUUGUUGUUUACGCUCCACAUCUAGAGGGGUAUCUGGUGGCAGCAUUAUGGCAGCAGUGGUGUAACGAUGGCAGAGCGAGCAGGGCAUGUUGGGCACUGGAGCCCAGGGCCAGCGCAAAGCAGCAAGCUGGGGUAUGCAGCGGCCGCAGACCUGUGAGCUCUAAAAGGAAGGGGCAGUCGGUCAGAGCAGCGGUCGGAAGGGAGCUGCUAAAAUAACGUAGGAAAUGUGCCGGGACCUGGAGGAAGGGCAGCCGCUGACUGUGCUAGUGUUCUGACUCCUCCGACACCCCCCCGCCGUUGCCACGAUGGAACCGCAGAAGGCUUUUAAGGAAGAGAGCGGAAGCUGCUACAACCAGGUGUGGGGGUCAUCCCCUCUUAGAUCAUAUCCACUUCUUUCCGUCAUCAGCCACCAGCCCAGCGUGGUAGCUCACUUGGUUCCUUCAGCAUCUUCUUCACACAUUCAGGUGCUGUCUCCCACACACCUUUCUCCUCCGUGUGCACGCUCAGAGACCCCUGCGAGUGAAGCCCCCCAAAGCAGCGAAUCAGAGCUGGAACAAACCACCUCUCGUGCUAAGAAACCACGGCGUAGCAGAACCAUCUUCACAGAGUCUCAGCUCAUGGGGCUGGAGAAGAAAUUCCAGAAGCAGAAAUAUUUAUCCACUCCAGAUCGGCUGGACUUAGCUCAGUCCUUGGGUCUAACGCAGUUACAGGUCAAGACGUGGUAUCAGAAUCGCAGGAUGAAGUGGAAAAAAAUCGUGCUUAAGGGUGGGCAAGAGGCACCCACAAAGCCGAAGGGACGUCCAAAGAAAAAUUCCAUCCCAACGUCUGAAGAGAUCGAGGCAGAGGAGAAGCUGAAAGGACUGUCCCACGCCGAGGUGGAGCAAGAGAAGGAGUCAGCAGAAGAUCAGAGUGGGCAGACACUGGAGGUAAAUCAAGAGACAGGAAGCCAAACAUUAGAGUCGCUCUCACCACCUGUGCCGCCCAGAUCGCCGCAGGAGUUCUCUACGAAAGAAAGCGGUUCAUCGAGCUAAAAAUCCACAUACUAAACAACUACUGACUGUUGCAUCCAGAACCAUUGGGAGUUACCAGGCAUGUUCUUUGGACUUGUCCUGUGUGUAGUCCUUGAUCAUUAAUGGAGUCUUCCCUUCACGUUCUUUCAUCUAGAAGGGAAAAGGUUAAAGCCGCCAGGCAGAAGGGAGCAGAAUGGAGGAUCUCCGUGACUAAUGGGGUCUGUGCAGACAAGACUGGGAACUUUUGCUGUGUUUGGAAAACAAUUGGACAGUGUAUAUAUAGUUUUCUUUAUUUUUGUGCCAGAAACUGCAGUGGAAAGAGUGAAAAAAAAAAAAAAAGCCAAAGCGACGGGAUAGAAGCUGUUUUCCCAGUGUGACUUACUUGAUAAUGCGCUCAGACUAAGUGCCUUAUUUUUGCAUGUUAAAUGAUGUAUAACAAUGUUUAUAUGUUAAGUCAGAACAGUUGUCAUUUAAUAUCCUACCGCAUUUACCCUAUAAUAAAGUAGGGUCUAAAUAACAUAACAUGGGCCGCAGAAACAAGGCAUAAUUUGCUACAUACAGGGAAGAAAUCUCCUCUGUUUGUGGUAUUUACAUGUGUAGUGUACACGUGUAUACCUAUGUACCUGACAGAUGCCAGGGUGAUGCCUGAAGGCUCAGGAUAUGAGGGGGAAAAAUGGGUCCCUCAUGUAGAGUCGAGCUGUGUCGUAUCCAAGGGAAACACAAAUAAAUUCUCCCUUGGUCGAUAUAUAGGUCCUGGUGAAAGACAAAGAAGUUACAGUAACUAGAAAGAUAGAGCAAUCUGUUUGUGAACAGUUGCCAGGCAAAGCCUAUUUAACAGUGUUUGAAACAGUGCGGAGCAUAAUUGGGAUUGCUUGCAGUGGGCCAUUGUGUUGGCCACAUGUACACACAUUAUAGGCAUGCACAGAAAGUGCUUAACACAAAGUAUAUUUCUGCACUGUGUAAGCCAGGUGUAAGUUACCCCAUGCUUACAAUGUACAGGACAAUUGCCAAGGCCAGGUCUUUUACACUUUCUAGGAGGGUGUUCUCAGAUUCUUCCCAUGUAAAACUGUAACCAAAGAAUGUUACAAGCACUCUCAAUGGCCAAUUUAUCAAGCCACAUUUUUUAUAUGUAGCAAAAUGACUCUGAGCUGCAAGACAAAUACCCCACAUAUAAAAUAUGUGUUUAUUCAGCGAUGGUAAUGUGAGACAGGUCUGACACAAGUUCCUGUAUCUCGCACACAACAAUAAUAAUAACACUGUAAUACUAUGCUACAUUAUGACUUGACAUUGUAUGUAGAAAUUUUAAAUUGCAGGGAAAUCGCUUAAUGAAGCAUUUAAUUGUGCAAAUGUUAUUGGCAGAUUUAGCACGGGAGGUGUAGGCAGUGAAUGCAAUGGCACCCUGGUUACCAUGGUAUAGUGAAGCUUUAUCUAGAGCUGACGCAGCUAGUAAAUUUACUAACCAUCGGUUUUGGUACUGUUUCCAAACCGACAGCAUGUUUGUGUAAAAAAAUAAAAAUAAAAGGUAUUUAUUAUUAUCUGUCAGUCUGCAGUGUCAAUUGCAAACCGAUGCCAACUUUGACAUCGAUUCUGACAUUACUGCUGACGACCGAUGACAAAAUCGACCCAAAAAAGGUGUGGGGUCCACCCCAAAUACAUAACCAGCCUCUAACCUCUCAACCUGAGCAGGUAAUGCAAAAUAGGGGGAGGGGGUUUCACCCUAUUUUCUAAACAGAACAUUAGUAAAUCUGUGGCUCCUAUACUUCUCUAUGCAAAAAUAUUGAUAGUUGUUCCAAAGUUCUAAACUGUUCUAAAGUUGGGAUUUUGAUCAUCAUCUUGGUUUUCUCAAUGACCAAAAUCCCCAAAUCAACCUUUAGUAUAUUUACCCAUAGGAGUGAGUUUCUUGUCAUGCUAUAGGUUACAGCUCUCAGGAAUAACCAUUGCUACUGUAAUAGGGCAGAUCUUUUGAAUCUAUGUACAGAAGAUGUUAGGCACACGACUAAUUGUAAGACUAGGGGCAGAAAUGAAACAAGCUGUGCAGGGGCUCAGGCACUUCUACGCUGGAGAGUACAGUAAUAUGAGUGCUGCUACUGAACUGGACAACAGACCAGGACUGGAUACCAAUAUACAGUACAAGCACUGAGUCAUCGUAUUUUUCAUGAAACAGCGGUAGCUAUCCCUUUGCUUGCAUACCGUCAGUUUUUUUGGGAAGUUCUGCUCCGGCCACCCCGACUUUGGUAAAUGCAUGCAGUUAUUUUCAUGACCGCACUGCGAGCUGGAGCGAAAUUUCCAUGCCACAGCUGAAUUUUAUAUGCGGUUGUUGGUAAAGGUCAGUCUAUCCAUACACACGUCUGCAUAGGGGUGUAUUCAAUACCUGUCGGAAGCUGCCAUCUUGUCGGAAAGAUGGCAAUUUCCAACAGGUUUAGGUCAGAAGGGGUUCUGACCUAUUCAAUGCUGGCUGAUUUUUUCCGACAAGUCGGGAAUUCCCGACUUGUCGGAAACACGUGGAUUGUUAGAUUAGCCAGGGAUCCACGUGUUCCGUGGCCAAAUCUGAUAGGUUUUGGCUGUUGUUCCGACAAUGUCAAUCCAACCUUUUUUUAAAGUUGGACUGACAUUGUCGGAACCGGGGAGAUGAGACGGGGGAGUGGGGACGGGUGAGUAGUGACAGCCUCUCAGCACCACGGCAGUGGCAGCAGCAGCAGUAGGGACGGACACCGCCGCUCAGCAGACCCGGCCAUCGGUCGACACAGCACGGGUUUUGAGCGGCGUCUCUGCCUCCCCAGGUACUGACAGUUGUCGGGAGCGGCCAAAUCCAACUGUCGGAUUUGUCCGCCCCAUUGAAUACUGACCUGUCGGGUCCUUUCCGUCGGGUAUUGAAUACACCCCAUAGUCAGCGUUGAUUCUUCUUACAUCUGCAAUCAAUGGGGCAGAUGUAUUAAGCCUGGAGAAGUAAUAAAGCAGUGAUAAGUACAAUGGGGGAUCAUUCCGAGUUGAUCAUAGCUGUGCUAAAUUUAGCACAGCUACGAUCAUGUUUCCUGACAUGCGGGAGGACGCCCAGCACAGGGCUAGUCCGCCCCGCAUGUCAGUCCGCUCCCCCCCCCCCCCCGCACAAAUACAAACGCAUCGCACAGUGGCGAUGCCUUUAUAUUUGAGGAGUAAUUCCCGGCCAGCGCAGCGCCUGUGGCUGGCCGGGAGUUGCUCAUCGCUCCCGCUGGCCGCAGCGGCUGCAUGAGACGUCACGCAGCCGCCGCGGCCCGCCCACCCCCCCCCAACGGUCCGGCCACAUCUGCGUUGGCCGGAUUGCUCCCCCUAAACGGCGGCUUACCGCCGCCAUUCAGCCCCCUCUCGCCUAGUGGCCGCCUCUGUCUCAGAGGCGAUCGCUAGGUCAUGAAAGCUGCCAUGCGCCGGCGCACUGUGGUGCCGGCGCAUGCGCAGUUCCGACCCGAUCGCUGCGCUGCAACAAACUACAGCGAGCGAUCGGGUCGGAAUGACCCUCAAGGUGAUAAGGCACCGGCCAAUCAUUACGUGUUUGAAAAAUGAUGUUAGGAGCUGAUUGGUUGGUUUGUUAUUGCCUUCCACUUAGUUAUCACAUUGCUUUAUCACUUCUCCGAGCUUAAUACAUCUGUCCCAAUGUUUGCUCCAGGAGGCCUUACAAGUUAAGUGUACAGGUUUAUAGCGGAGGACGGGUAAUGGCUAAACUGUAUGGCUGUCUUGCAAACUUUACAUGCCAAAUAUUAUUUUAGAUUUUUUUUAUGUUCAAAAGAAUACAUACACAUCAGUUCCAGGUAUGACAUACUGUAUGUACUCUACUCUGACAUCAUUAGACAUAUGUGCAUGUAUUUAGAAAAUUGUGCUAAGAACUCUUGUGAAAAAUAUAUUGGGGGUCAUUCCGAGUUGUUCGCACGCAAGCUGCUUUUAGCAGCUUUACACACGCUAAGCCGCCACCUACUGGGAGUGAAUCUUAGGUUCUAAAAAUUGCGAACGAAAGAUUCUAUAAAUUGCGACCACACACCUCUUAGCAGUUUCUGAGUAGCUCCAAACUUACUCGGCAUCUGCGAUCAGUUCAGUGCUUGUCGUUCCUGGUUUGACGUCACAAACACACCCAGCGUUCGCCCAGACACUCCUCCGUUUCUCCAGCCACUCCCGCGUUUUUCCCAGAAACGGCAGCGUUUUUUCGCACACACCCAUAAAACGGCCUGUUUCCGCCCAGAAACACCCACUUCCUGUCAAUCACAUUACGAUCACCAGAACGAAGAAAAAACCUCGUAAUGCCGUGAGUAAAAUUCCUAACUGCAUAGCAAAUUUACUUGGCGCAGUCGCACUGCGGACAUUGCGCAUGCGCAUUAGCGACUAAUCGCUCCGUUGCGACAAAAAAAUAACGAGCGAACAACUCGGAAUGACCCCCAUUGUUACAAUAGAGGUGAGUGCUUGAUGCAGAUCAGUGUGUGAGAUGUGGCUGGGAUGACAGAGGGUGGAAUGUGAAGGCAAGACACUGCAUUAGCCCUCGCGGCGCUGGCUGGUUUCACCACUCAGGGAUAUAGACUGACCUGACACACUAUGUGGGAAAGGGGCAGCUGUUCACACCUACACAUUACAGUUUUAUAUCUCAUAUGUAAAGCUGAUUUGGAAUAAGAUUUAAUAUAAAGUAUCUAUUUUUAAAGAAAAAUAAAAAUAAAAGUGAAA